AUGGAGAAGCAGGAUGCAGAUUCCAACGGCCUCUUGAUCCUCAUCGGCCGAAGGGACAGCAACGCCAUGGCCGUAGUUGGCGAGAUGCAGAUCCAGAAUGGUGGUCGUCUGAUGAAGGUCUACAUCACAGAUGAUUCCAGCCUGUCUGCUGAUUUCAUUGGCGAAGUACUGGAGUGGAAUCCUCCCUUAGCGAGCCACACGCAUCAUUGGUAUCAGAUCGGGCCAAGCAUCCACACCUUGACAGAGGAGGAGACUCUCAGGAUCUGCAGCAACGGCAUCGUCAUAUGCAGCAAGGCUGGGGAUCAGUUCCACAUGCUGGGGGAGGUGAUGGUGGACCCACAGGCGGAGAGCAGACAUGUCUUGAGCCCUGUCUCCUAUGAGAAGCGAUCCUUUGGCAUCAUGGCUCCAUUCCGGGCUCUGGCAUCGGUGAUGAUUGUUGGCUUCAUGUCCUUCCCGCUCCUUCUGGGUAUGGUCUUGCUUGAGCAUGACGCAGAAGACCUGGGCACCGCAUGGUGGCGGCCACUCAAUCAUUUGAUGGUGUACGGCGGCUGUUUGCGACUGCUACUUGAAGCUUGGUGCACUGGCCUUGGCUGCAUGAGCGGCACCGCGCGUGCAAGCGUCGCCAUAGGUGUCGUUUCGACUGUCCUGCCGUGUUGCGCCAUCUUCUUGGCACCUGGCACCUUCUCCACUUUCAGUUACUGCGUCGUCUCAACGAUUUUGCUCUCCGGCGCCAACGUGGGCACCUGUGUCUGGCAGCGUGGUUUGCGAGGUGCAUUCUACCAGCUCGCAUGGGGGAUCCCGUGGUUGUGCUUGACCUUUGGUGCCUGGGUUGUGCUCUACGGGAUCGCCGUUCUCCACGUUCAGAUCGACCAGGUAUCUAAGGUUGCAAGUGCUUUUUUCCUGCCGCUGUCGACGGCGACCCUGGAGCUUGGAACGAUUGCCUCUGCGACUGCGCUGUACAAUCACCGCGUCUUCAAAAUUCGUGCAUCGGACAACCCGGUCUGGGGCGAUCAGGCAAAGAGCACGUUACCUGUGGUCCCUGUCGCGAUCCACGCGUUCACGGAGACUUGCAGGUUGGUGUCGGUGCUGGCUUCGACGGUCUAUGACGGCAGCAGCUACUUUUGGAUCUUCACGGGUCUACUGUCGCUAGUCUUGAACGUGAUGAACCGGCAAGGUUGGAGUAGAUUCCUGGUGACCAAGACGAUCACACGUUUCGGACUACGACCGCAAGCUGUGCUUGGUUGCACUGCGCCGACUGCCAUCAGUCGACUUCAUGAUGUUGCCAAGAUCAGCUGUGGGUAUCCCCGCAUGAGUGCUCCAGUGGUUCUGGGUUUGGUUCAGCUGGUGACUGGCCACGGGUUCUACCGAUCCACCAACACUGUGAUAGCAGUUGUGGUGAUUCUGGUCUUUGAAGUGCUCGAGGACUGCUUUCACCACUGGGAAAUCUUACCGUUCGCCCCCCUACCCAUGGCAGCUGCUGAGUAUUUCGCAUCGCUUGACGAGUAUUCGCCGUACCAGAGCACCGUCCCAGCCAAUGCAUUAGCAAGCAGCCCUACUACGGCUGGCGGCGGACCCCCCAGCCCAGUCGGCAUGCGCGAUGCAUCCCCCAAGUCUACCACUGAAGUGGAGGUGAGCCCCAUCGCGAGUGAACUCAGCACGGGCUCUCAUACCCCUGUUCAGGGUCGACGGCGCUCGAUCAGCAGUGCGGUGAGCGUUGGUGGAGUGGAGACGGGUGUGUCCGGCAAGGUUCGGAGAUGGUGGGGCCAGGAUCUCAAGGUUCACACUGCGCUUCGCCUUUGGCAUCUGAGAAGUUGGCUCGGGCCUCAAGUGACUCAAGACAUGUCGCUCCCUGACCAUGGUGGGCGUUUGUUGGGGGCUGGACAUGGAACAGGGAGUCUGGACGCUUUGGAAUGA